AUGAGAAAUCAUCAUUUAGUUAGCUCGCUGCUAGCUGCCUGGAGCCGACUGCCGAGGUGUUAUGCGUGUAGUAGCCGAAAUCAUUGGAUUGUUUUUCUUUCGAUAGGUGCAACGAUGACCCUCUGACACCAAGAAUGGACAUAAGUUAACAAUGACGGGGGAGAAAAAGAAGAAAAAGCGGCUGAACCGCAGCAUUCUUCUUGCAAAGAAAAUUAUAAUAAAAGAUGGAGGAAGUCCUCAGGGAAUCGGUGAGCCCAGUGUUUACCAUGCUGUGGUGGUCAUCUUCCUGGAGUUUUUUGCAUGGGGUCUCCUUACUACCCCGAUGCUUACGGUGUUACACCAGACAUUCCCCCAACACACAUUCCUGAUGAAUGGGCUUAUCCAUGGUGUCAAGGGCCUAUUAUCAUUUCUGAGUGCUCCUCUUAUUGGGGCAUUGUCAGACGUAUGGGGACGGAAGUCCUUCUUGCUGCUUACGGUCUUCUUCACGUGUGCACCCAUUCCACUGAUGAAGAUCAGCCCAUGGUGGUACUUUGCCGUCAUCUCCAUGUCUGGCGUCUUUGCCGUCACUUUCUCUGUGAUUUUUGCAUAUGUGGCAGAUAUCACGCAGGAGCAUGAGAGGAGCACAGCAUACGGUUUGGUAUCAGCUACCUUUGCCGCCAGCCUGGUUACCAGCCCGGCCAUUGGAGCUUACCUGUCUGUGGCCUACGGAGACACCUUGGUGGUGAUUCUUGCCACAGCCAUUGCUCUGCUUGACAUUUGCUUCAUCCUAGUGGCUGUACCAGAGUCACUGCCAGAGAAGAUGAGGCCGGCAUCAUGGGGAGCACCGAUCUCCUGGGAACAAGCAGAUCCUUUUGCUUCUCUGCGUAAGGUGGGCCAGGACUCCACGGUGCUCCUCAUCUGUAUCACAGUGUUUCUCUCCUACCUCCCAGAGGCCGGACAGUACUCCAGUUUCUUCCUCUAUCUCAGACAGGUCAUAGGCUUCUCAUCAGAGACAGUGGCUGCCUUUAUCGCUGUGGUGGGGAUCCUCUCAAUAUUAGCUCAGACGGUGGUGUUGGGGAUCCUGAUGCGUUCUAUAGGGAAUAAGAACACAAUCCUGCUCGGCCUUGGCUUCCAGAUCCUCCAGCUGGCUUGGUAUGGCUUCGGCUCUCAGCCCUGGAUGAUGUGGGCUGCUGGGGCUGUUGCAGCGAUGUCCAGUAUCACUUUCCCUGCCAUCAGCGCCAUCGUGUCCCGUAAUGCAGACCCUGACCAACAAGGUGUUGUCCAGGGGAUGAUUACUGGAAUUCGGGGCCUCUGUAAUGGUCUGGGCCCUGCUCUCUAUGGUUUUGUCUUCUACUUGUUCCACGUGGAGCUGACUGACACAGAUGGCUCUGAGAAAGGUGCCAAAUCCAACAUGGCCAACCCCACUGAUGAGAGUGCCAUCAUCCCAGGUCCUCCCUUCCUGUUUGGUGCAUGCUCAGUGCUGCUGUCUCUGCUGGUGGCCCUGUUUAUCCCAGAGCACACAGGGCCCGGCAUGAGGCCCGGCGCCUAUAAGAAGCACAGCAACGGGGCACAGAGCCACUCCCACAGCCCUCAAGGCAGUGGGGCCGAGGGCAAGGAGCCACUGCUGGAGGACAGCAGUGUAUAGCCUCAGCUGAGGGGGGCAGACACCCUCGCUCCGACCCAACAACCCCCCCGCACACAUGGACUGACACACAUUCAUUUUACCACAUGGACACAGUCUCACCUCAGGCACACAUCAGACUCAAGUGCCACGAAGAGGUCUUUGUGUCCGCAGCACAAAAGUCGACACUCCUUCCUUCGCAGCCCUUUUCUUUUUUUAAGGCAGGGUAUUGUGAAGACUCUGCAUAAAGAGAGUGUGCUGAGUAUUUUUCGGGGCUGCAGUGGAAAGGUGUGUGUGACUUGGCUGAGCUGGACUCUAAUCCUUGGUUUCUACAAACCAGUAACAGAGUGGAGUAUACAACAGCUUGCCCCCCGUCUGGUGCAAAACAGAACAGUGAUUCGGUUUAGAGUGUGAGUGACGUAUUUCUCAAAUGUUACUAAAUCCCUGUGUGAUUCUUCAUACUCCUGUAGUCAGUGAAGUGACAAUUGUUUGUCAGACAAAAGCAUGACAAACAGUUAGGUGAGCACUUGUCUAACAGUCUUUUACAAGCUAACAUCUGCUCAGAUGCUUGUCGUUGCGACUACAGCUCUGUUAAAGCAUCCAAGAAAGGAACACAGUUUUCCUCUGUAUGCUCAGCAGGGAAGCACAGCAACUGAAAACCUGUGAGUGAAGUCUCUGCAGACCAGUGUUGGAGGGAUGCUGCCUAAACUAGGUUAGGAUGGGUCAAUCAGUUCAGAUAGAAAAAGCUUUGGAAGUCCAGACUUUGUCUAAACAACACACUUCUUACAGAGUGAAGUGUGCAAGAGAGACCACUUUAUUAGCUGAAACCGUUUUCAAUGUUUACUUGCCAUUCUCUAGAUAAGUAGUACAGUUUGGGUUGUAUAUUUUUCUCUGUUCAAACUGAAGGCUAGAUGUGCUUCAAGUUCUUAUUCAACAAACAAAUGUUGCCUCGAAGUGACUUAAUAUAUAUAUGUAUAUAUAUAUUAAUUACGUAACCUGUAUGAAGACCGAGGUCUGAGAAGGCUCUGUAAUCUUACGCUAUCGCUCCCAUCGGAGCGUUACACUUUUUAUUCCUUUUGUUUUCAUGCCCUUCUUGUUGCUUUGUUUCCUGACAUUUAUCACCAUCAGGGUUAAGGCUGACAGAACCAUGUUUUUGUUUUUGAAGGCAUCUGGACCAUUAGGAGCUAGAGCGUUGCUAUCAGCACGUCAGUGUUGGCACUGACUGUUAAUACAGAGUCUUGAAUUAAUAUCAUUAGAUUAAACAGAUAUCACUCGUGCUGCUGCAGAAGAUCAUUCAAAGUUAGUGUGAUGUAAUGUAGUGGGUGAAGAUUUCCACAGUGGUAACUGGAUUUGAAUUAUGAAAUGGUUUCAUUAAGCUUCCAUACAAACGGUUGAUAACAGGCACUGCACAUUUCUCAAACAACAGCUGAUUACAAUUUUAGCUGCGAAGCACCUCGUGGAACUGGCUUUUGAACAGGCUUCAGAUUGUUCACAAGGGGGAGCUGUGUAAUUAUCAGAUCAGUUUUGAAUUUGCUAACCUGCACCACUUACAGAAAAAAGGAAAUUACAGUGUAAUUCAGAUGUUAAGAUGAACAAAACAGGAAAGCAACACUACAGGAAAGCAAAAUAAAAAAGCUGUUUUUUAAAGCUGAUGUUUUUGAGUGUUUUAAAGUUUGACAUUUCCCAACACCUGUUGGCUAUGGAUGCUAACAUAUAGUGUGUAUAUAUAAGGGCAGUCGAGCUUUGAGAGUAAGAUGUAUUCAUUCAUAAAAACAUUUAAAUAACAGUAAUCCAAUCCUAACGAACCAAUCCUGAUUACCAAAACAGAGGAAAUAAUGCCUGUAAAAUAAAACCAGUAGAUAAAAACAGAUGUAGAUAAUUUAAACAUUUUUAAAAAUAUCCAAACAAUCUAGCCUCCAGUGAAUAUGACAUUUUUGAAACUGUAAUCUGCAAAGUAGCCAGGACGGUGCUUGAGGUCACUGGUUACAAGAUGACCUUGUGAACACUGUGAACUCUGUAGUUGUCCCAGAAUUCAUUAGUAAAUGUACUCCAGUCAACAAAUUACAUUGAUUGCAACAAAAUGUAAAAGAAAUGUGCCCACUUCUAAAACGGAGUCUGAAAGUCUCAAAUCAAAACAACAGCAUUUGUUAUUUUCCUUCCCUGUAGUCCAUCUGCAGGUGUAAAUGCUGCUGUACCCUUUUCUGCCAGUAGGUGGCACAGCUUGAACGUAAACUGCAUGGUUGAAUCUGCUGCAGUUCCAUGAUUGGUUAAUUUAGGCCUUUUUUUUCUUCUACUUUUUUUUGCAGCUUCGCAUCAGUGACACUGUGUUCCCUUUGUGUCUGAAACUGGUAAAUCAUGCUUAUUAUAAUUUUUAACAGAUAAUUUAUAAAUGCCUCAAGUGCAUUUAACCAGCGAAAUUACAACCUGAUGAGGAAUAGUCACUAAUGGGGGGAUUUGUGCUGUUUAACAUCUAUCUGAAGAGAAACGCUUGUUGUAUAUUUUGUGCCAAAUUUUUUUGGUUUGGUUUUUCAUACUGUGUGUGUAUGUAUGCUUGUGCACUUGAGUGAUUUGGACUUUUUCUUUUGUUUUUGUUUUCUCUUGUCUUAAUUUCUUUGACUGAAAAUGUAAGUUUUAAUGCUAUUUUUUAUAGCUUUUUAAAACUUCAUAGGGACAUUUUUAGGAUUGUUUUUCAACGUCGACUAGAUGGUGAAUAUCUGGAUGUCCAUCCUUCUGUUUUCGGCUUCGGUCUUCAUUUGAUAAUAAGCAUUUCAUCAUGAUGAGUUACAUUUGAUAAGUUUAUCCUUCCCAGAUUUAUCGAUAGAUCAUAACAAGAGUCACUGAAUGUUCCAAGCCAAGCUAUACACGUUGACCACGCUUUACCCUCAAUGUUUUGACUCAACCUGUCAUUAUUUUUAUUAUUUCAGAGGGGGUGUUACUAGACAGGAGGCCAUUGGUGUUGAUUUAUUCUCUGAAUAUCAUUUUUUUAUUUAUCAUUUAUCUGACGAACACAUUGGUAAACCCAUGACUUCAGAUCCUACUUCAAUUGGUAAGAUUCUGCACCAGCCCCAUGUGCACUCGUACAGCUUCCAAGCAGACGACUGUAAAUGUACAAAAAUCACCUGUACGUACAGCAAAUGUAUAUAUUUAUUGCUCAAGGAGAUGGCCACCUCUUGGUCUAUUUGGUUGUAUGGUGCAAUUAUUAUUCUAUAUUUCUCAAGACUUACCUGCUAGCCACUCCUGUUUUUAGUGCGAUGUGGUUUGUGGCCUGAACCCCCUCUCUGUGUGCCUAAAAUUAGCCAAGAAAUGAGUAUGGCAACAUAAGUAAAUGGUGGUUAUUAUGUAAAUAUGGGAAACUAAUGACAAACUAUUUAUUAAAGGUUUAUUGUACAAUGAAA